AUGAGAGUAGGCUGUGAGAUUUCUAGGUUCAUGAAUUUUCAGCAAGAUAAGUUUGUUAGAUUUCGGGAUUGGAAUUCAGAGAAGGAUUCUGAGAGCAGCUCUCCUGCAAUUCAUGUAGAACGCCCGGGCAGAAUCAGGAAUACACUAUAUUCAGUUUCCGAGAAGUUUCAAAGGGGUUUGGAAUCUAGUUCAGAGGGGGUGAAGAGAUUUAGAAAAUCAUUCAAAUCUCUUCCUUAUAAUAGAGUUCUGUCCAGAAGUUUUAGUUCUAGGAAGAAAAUCCUUGAUCCACAGGGCCCUUUUCUUCAAAAGUGGAAUAAGAUAUUUGUAUUAUCAUGUCUUAUUGCCGUUUCACUUGAUCCUUUGUUCUUCUAUGUUCCUGUGAUUGAUGAUAACAAUAAAUGUCUUUCUCUAGACAGAAAAAUGGAAAUUACAGCAACAGUUUUAAGAUCUUUCUCUGAUAUUUUUUAUAUAAUCCAUAUAAUUUUCCAAUUUCGUACUGGAUUCAUUGCUCCCUCUUCUCGAGUAUUUGGAAGAGGUGUUUUGGUUGAAGAUGCUUGGGCAAUAGCAAUGCGGUAUCUAUCAUCAUACUUCUUAAUAGACAUUCUUGCUGUUCUUCCCCUCCCACAGGUGGCAAUUCUAAUUAUCAUUCCAAAGUUGAGAGGCUCUGAAUCACUGAAUACAAAGACCUUGCUAAAAUUUAUUGUCUUCUUCCAAUAUAUCCCGCGAUUUUUGCGACUAAUUCCAUUAUAUAAAGAAGUUACUAGGACCUCUGGCAUUCUCACCGAAACAGCUUGGGCUGGAGCUGCAUUCAAUCUCUUUCUUUACAUGCUAGCCAGUCAUAAAGAGAAACCACAUGCUGGCAAGAUGCCUGUCGAGGAAACAGCACAUGAUCAAAAUACAACACUCUUUAAUUUUGGAAUAUUUCUUGAUGCCCUUCAAUCUGGAGUUGUGGAGUCAAGAGAUUUUCCACAGAAGUUCUUUUAUUGUUUUUGGUGGGGCCUAAGAAAUUUAAGUUCUCUUGGUCAGAACCUUGCAACAAGUACCUAUGUUUGGGAAAUCUGCUUUGCAAUUUUCAUUUCAAUUGCUGGUUUGGUAUUAUUUGCAUUCCUCAUUGGAAAUAUGCAGUCAACGACUACCAGAUUGGAGGAAAUGAGAGUGAAAAGGAGAGAUGCUGAACAGUGGAUGUCUCAUCGAUUACUUCCUGACAGCCUGAGAGACAGAAUCAGACGUCAUGAGCAGUACAAAUGGCAAGAAACAAGAGGUGUUGAUGAAGACAAUUUGAUCCGAGAUCUUCCAAAGGAUUUGAGAAGAGAUAUUAAGCGGCAUCUUUGCUUGGCUUUGCUGAUGAGGGUGCCAAUGUUUGAGAAAAUGGAUGAGCAACUUCUGGAUGCAAUGUGUGACAGACUGAAGCCAGUGCUAUACACAGAAGAAAGCUGCAUUGCCCGGGAAGGAGACCCUGUUGAUGAGAUGCUCUUCAUAAUGCGCGGUAAGCUAUUGACUGAGACCACUAAUGGUGGAAGAACAGGCUUCUUUAACUCUGAGUACCUCAAGGCUGGUGACUUCUGUGGAGAGGAACUUCUCACAUGGGCAUUAGAUCCUCACUCCUCAGCCAACCUUCCCAUAUCAACAAGGACUGUCCAAACUCUUUCAGAAGUGGAAGCAUUUGCUCUAAAAGCCGAUGACUUAAAGUUUGUUGCAUCACAGUUCCGGCGCCUUCAUAGUAAGCAACUUCGUCACACUUUCAGGUUUUAUUCGCAACAAUGGCGUACAUGGGCUGCAUGUUUCAUACAAGCAGCAUGGAGGCGCUAUAGUAAAAAGAAGUUGGAAGAGUCUCUCAGGGAAGAAGAGAAUAGGUUGCAAGAUGCAUUGGCCAAAGCAGGUGGUAGUUCACCAAGCCUAGGUGCCACCAUAUAUGCUUCAAGAUUUGCAGCUAAUGCACUCAGACUCUUACGUAGAAAUGGCACAAGAAAAACCAGAGUGCCAGAGAGAAUAUCACCCAUGCUGCUGCAGAAGCCUGCUGAACCUGAUUUUACCUCUGAAGAACAAUAG